UUCUCCAUUAUUUCAUUAUAAAGAUCAAAUUCAUCUUUAGGAGUUUCUUGUCCACCUUUGAGAAAAAAUGGCAAGCAAUAUGGAAGUUUUCUGCGAGAUCUUGAUCGCAGUCCUUCUUCCUCCUCUUGGAGUCUGCCUCAAGCGUGGCUGCUGCACUGUAGAGUUCUUGAUAUGCUUGGUGUUGACUAUCUUGGGCUACAUCCCUGGGAUAAUCUAUGCUAUAUACGUGAUCGUAUUUCAGAACCGUAAAGGGGAAACUCAGGACUACAGUGCUCCACUCAACUCAGCUUGAGACUAUCUGUUGGUCCAUUCAAUGUCUUUGAGACUGUUUUAAUUAUGUAACCACUAAAUAAGUUGCUAUGCAAUCUCAUCAGUUUCCUUAUCAUGUAUAUUCAGCUAUUCAAGUCAUGCUAAUUUCAUAGAAUGACUUUUGACUA